AUGUCCCAUCCGUCCUCGUUCACUUCUACCGUCGCAUCGCAUGCAAUCUCUAUCACCACCCUUCCUCCAGAGCUGUUGCUCCUGGUACUGGAGUUCACGAUGAACCCGUACCAAUACCACACAGAGCGCAUUUUCCGGACGAUUGCAUACAGCCAUGUCUGCAGGUGCUGGAGGAGCCUCUUACUCGGCGCUCCUGACUUCUGGACUCUCCUGGAUCUACAGUUUCCCACCAUUGCUCGCGAGUUUUGCGUGCGCUCGCAGGAUUGCCCAAUCCGCGUAUCCUUCAUUGAAGCGGGGUCUACGCAUGUAUCCAAAGACACGCUCGCGUGGCUCUCUCUCCACUCCCGACGAAUAGAAGGAGUCUACCUUGCAACUAGUCAAACUGUCAUACGAGACAUCUUGUCAUUGAUCCAACCCGCUUCGCCGUUUCUCGGGCAAUUCAAGGACUGUCUACUGCCCGACGACACUCACGGACCAAUCCUCUCCCUGGAUAUACAUGCGCACGAGGUGCAACGGCUCAAUAUGGACGGCUUCCACGCCGUGAACUGGCCAGGUCUCUCAGAACGCCCAACAAGCUUGACCAGUCUGGUUCUGACUCGAUUUGGCGAGCGGUCAUACCUUCCGAUUCCCCGACUUCUCUCCAUCCUCUCGAACUGUCCAAAAUUGCAGACAUUGACACUAUUGUCCGCCUUCUUGCCAUGGCCUGUAGGGAUCGCUAACCUCCUCGCCGUCGAGCUCCCGGCACUACAAAGUCUAGAAGUCGCUCACAACACCCCUGGCGCAGUUUCCAAGCUCCUCGACCGUCUCUCCUUCCCACAUACGACCUCACUGACGUUCCACGCACACGGCACCAUUGACCUCUCUUGUUUGCUCCCCAAGAAUCUCGCGCGAUUCGGACUAGCCGCCUCAUCCUGCAUUGACGACCCCCCAGUAACCCAACUCUGCCGUAUAUCGCCGAGCAAUUUCAUGCUCACCAUGCACCGGCCACGGACGUCUUCAACCAUACGCUUCUUCAUUGCACCGGACGACCUACCCAAUAUUCCCUCCGGGUCGCCCUCGGCCAUGUCAAUGUCAAUGGGCACUUGGAAGGCCGCGCUCUCCUCCAUGCCUGCGCUGCGCCACAUCGAGGUGAGCGGCGCGUGGGCUAACGAUGUCCUCCUCUCGCUCAUGGCGUCGACGGGCCCGCCUGCGCUCCCCUUCCCGCCGCUCUUCUCCCAUUUUGAGACCUCGUGCCCCGCGCUGGAGUGUCUGCACGUUCUGGAGCGGUCUCGCGACGACACGCAGACGCAGAAGCUCCUCGACGCUAUUCUCUUUACGUUCAAAGCCAGGCAUGAGAGCCUCGAGAGGAAGCUACCGGUGCUUAUCCUGGAGACGUCGAGGGCGAGUGCGAGGGCACUGAUGUCGGCGUUCGCGCCGCGUUUCGCGGAGGUCGUUGAGAGAGUGGAUGUCCGCAGUCGCGCAGCGGCCCCGGUUUCAUUCGAUGCCGCACCCAUGGUCCUCAGCAGAGCUACUCAGGAGGCUCCCGCGUCAUCGCCGGAGAGCAAACGGCGUUCCUAA